AUGACACGUCCUAUUAUAUCUUUGAAGCCUAGCUACAAUUCGAUCAUAAGAGGCUGUCCUGGCCUCCCCGAAACUUUGCCCAGAUUAGAAUGCGAGUUAAGAAUACGAUCGAGUGAUGGCAAAGACUUCUGUAUCGAGGGCAUUGAGGUUCUUUUAAAAACCACUGAAACUUUACAUAACUCUGGCCAUAGUUUCACGACAAGACCCAAGCUCGAGAAAUCUGUUCUACACUAUAAAAAGAGCAUUAAAGUUUCUGACAAGAAACUUAUUGGGAUUGAUAUACCACUUACCAUUGCUGUUCCAGACGAUAUCAAAGAAACUAACUACAACUCUCGUUUUGGACACUGCUUCACAACCUUUGAAUGCCGAGCGAGCUAUUUUACUGACGCCAGCAACGUCUUACUGGAAACCUUCACGACGGUGGUAAAUGUAGAUCGGUACGACCUCAUAGCCUCUCCAAACCAUUACCAGCCACUGAACCGCCUCUAUCACUCCCCGGAUAAAAAAUUACAGGUCAAAUACGAAGUUCAAAACCCUUGCGUGUCCACUGAUGAUUUGCUACAUUUGAAAAUUGACAUAGUACCGAAUCUGUCUUCAAGCACUAUCAAGGCUAGCCCGCGACAUUUCAGCAAAAAGAUGAAAUUGAAAUCUGUCACGUUUGAGAUCAAAGAAUACCUCGAAACCUUCGACUCUCAUCACGAUUCGAGAGAAAACAUCAUCUACACCAUGGUCAGACCCUUCAACGAAGUAAUACCAAAAUCUGGAAUUCAAUUCGAGGCAGAUGUCCGGGUUCUGACCAAAAACCUGCAGUUUAGACAAUACGAAUUAUCUCUUAACGAGCCUGCUGUGUUGUUCCGCCUACCCGAGCACCCGCCUGCGUUGAACGAGUCGCCACCAGAGACUGUACUUCUGAAGAGUAAAAAGGACUUGGAGCCAUUCAAUUACCAUAGUUCAAUUACUACUCGUGGCCGGCUUUUUUCAAUAACACACGGUGUCACAAUAAAGUUCAAGAUUGGAAACGCCAAAGACUUCGAAAUCAACCAACCAAUUGAUAUUUCUCCGUGGGUCAGGACCCAGAUGAAAUACAUCGAAAAUGCAAUUGUCAGGGAAACGGGUGUUGCUUCCAAUGCUAAAGUGUUUUACGAUUCUUUUGGGGGAAUAAAGAGACGCAAAAGCACAGCAGAGCUCGAAUAUCCACCCUUACCACCUAUCGUUUAUUCUUCUGAUACUCAGACUCUGAAAAGCCUAGGGAUCAACUAUGAUCCAACAUUCAAAACCGCCAAUAGAGUGCUCAUGAUUGAAUAA